GGGAAAGUGGAUCGUGGUUCGUAGCGAUUGUUCUGUUUUCUUUUUUAUUCUGUCGAGGUUUAAACUUUUCAACUCGGAAGCACAGCUGAGUCACGGUCACAUACUUCACCGACGCGAUCAUUCCCAUUUGACGCAACGCGCAUGACAAUGGCUCCAGUCGUCCUAGUUUGGGACAAAAAGGGCGCAAAUUGAAUCGAAACCUGUGUUUUUCAUCCAGCGGUUUUUUGGUGUUUCCAGUCUGUGGUUUGUCGACACAUCUGUAGGGCACAAUGAAACAUACGAGCAUGUAGGCCUGAUCCGGGAACAGUUUGCUUCCUAUAAGUGCCCUAUGGAUAAAGAAUGCUCGCUAACGAUGGCCUCACUUUUCACUCUGCUGGAUUUCUCAACAAGAAAAUGUGCUUAUACAGAAUAAUUGAAUAACCUAAAGUGGAAAGCAGACAAAGUAAAUACUUUGAGAGUCCAGUGUGUCACCAUGUCAAGGUCACAAGUUCCAGUACUCAAACCUGUGUGAGAUUAUCUUCCUUUUCUCAGGAAUGUGUCUUAUGUGCAGAAUAAACACUUAUGUGUGAGGUGGAGGAAGUGUGCCGCCUCCCCUGGCUACUAUCGGUUUGACUUAUGUGAUAGUAGUUUGUACGAUAAGCCACAACAUGAAUGUAUCUUCAUUAUGGGUGUGAGUGCAACAGUAAUGGAGGCAUCCUGGAUUAGAAACCCGGCCAAAAGGGUCGGUUUAAUUGCCACUCUUUGAUUUCUCCUGUUACAGCACUUCUCUCUCUCUCUUUCUGUCAUUAGCUGAAUCUAAACCACCACUCUACCGACGUUCAGUUAUAGGAACUGACUAUCUAGGUAUUCCUUCAGACAGUCUCGUCGUGACCCCGGGGAUCGGGAGAUAAUGGGACUUAGUCAUCACAAACGUUUUGUCUCCUACUACCACUUCAUGAUCUACUCACAGCAUAUAGCAGGCUCUCUCAUAGUGUGACUGAUAUUAGUCCCCUUUUAUUCAUAUAUUGGCCAUUUUAAAGCCCAUCUCUCUCAUCUCAUGCCCCCUUUUUCUAACAUUUGGAAAUGCUUACACAUGACUCAGCACUUGACUAAGUGCAUUUCCGUUCUUAGCUGAAUAGAUGAGACAGAUCUGGGAGGGGAAAGUUAUCGGUUCAACUGACUCACCGCCUCGGCUGUGUACAGAGAAGCAGUCCAAUGUCCAGGGCAAUACAUAAACCCACUCGUUGACAUCCCUGCAGUUCCCAGUAGAAGGCCGACUUCAUUGCAUUUCCCCACUGAAACGACCCACCUCACCUGAGGCAACACAGUGGGCUGGCCUGCUGUUGGACUAUCUCUUGACACCUGGGAAACACGACUGUCAUCAUGCAGACCUCAUCGCUCCGCCGCCAGAUGAAAAACAUGGUCAACAACUUCACGGAGCCCGAGAUCAAGGUCCGCGAGGCCACCUCCAAUGAUCCCUGGGGUCCUCCCAGCUCGCUCAUGUCUGAAAUCGCAGACCUGACUUUCAAUGUAGUGGCCUUCACCGAGGUUAUGGGCAUGAUCUGGAAGCGGCUCAACGACCACGGAAAGAACUGGCGCCAUGUUUAUAAGGCGCUGACCCUGCUGGACUACCUGAUCAAAACAGGCUCCGAGCGUGUGGCCCAGGAGUGCCGGGAGAACAUUUACACCAUCCAGACACUGAGAGACUUCCAGUACAUGGAUCGGGAUGGACGCGACCAAGGUGUCAAUGUCCGGGAGAAGGCCAAGCAACUGGUGGCUCUGCUGAAGGACGAGGAGAAGCUGAAGAAGGAGAGAAGCCAGGCACUGAAGACCAAGACGCGUAUGGCGGGCUCCACCAGUGGCUUGGGCUCUGGAUCCCUGCCUCCUCCGUACCCGGGGGGUCGCACAAGCCAGCCCAGCGCGGCAGGGGUCCAUGGGGAUGAGCAUGGUAUGUGCAGAAGCUCACCGUCUUCUUUUCACUCCUCCUCUUCCUCUCCUCGAGUUGCUCCAGACAUGGAGCAAGCUCGGCCCGCGACCAGUGGAGAAGAGGAGCUGCAGCUGCAGCUGGCCCUGGCUAUGAGCCGAGAAGAGAGUGAAAAGCCACCUCCUACAGUGGAUAUUGAUGAACAGACCCAGCUCCAGAUCGCUAUGACGCUCAGCAAGGAGGAGACCCAGAAGCCAGUCCCAGUCCCAGUCCCAGUCCAACCUGCACCUGCUGCACUGGAAAUGGAUGAGGACUCGCAGCUCCAGUUAGCCCUGAGCCUGAGCAAGGAGGAGCACCAGCAGGAGCAACUCAGUCGCCAAGGGCACGAGUCGAUGCUGAAGAAAGCUCUGGAGGACAGCAAACGUGAGAUGGAGUCUAAAGGCGGGACCGCCUUCAUGGACCUGGUAGAUGUUUUUGCGUUGCCCUCAGAUCAGCCUCCUAGUGACCCCCGAUGGAACAAUGCCCCACGCCAGGCAGCUGCUCGUCCGGGGAGCACAGACCCCUGGGACUCCCUGGUAGGCAGCAACAACACCUCAAGAGUAGAUCCUCCCUGGAUGGCACCGCCAACAUCCAACAGCCCCCCUCCACCAUGGGAGCCCCCAGUCAACCCCUGGGAGGACCCGCAGAGCAACCUCAACGCCACCGGCCGAGAAUGGGCCUUCUCUGCCAACACAGCCGCCUCAGGAGUUGAUCCAUUCUCAGUCCUCAAAGGAACUAGCAGGGAACCUUUUCCCCGACCUGGAAGCCCCUCAGAUGGGGAUCUGUUUGAUGAGGUCAUUGAUGGAGGUCAGAUGAAUUUAAAUGGGCGAAGGGAGGACAGUCCUGAGAUAUUUGACCUGUCACGUCUCGGAGAAAGCCUGGCAGCCCCCAGCCCUCGUACAUGCCGGACACCUGAGGCCUUCCUGGGCCCCACAGCGGCAUCCUUGGUAGACCUGGAUAGAUUGAUCCCAGCGAAUCCUCCUGCCAAGACCAUGAACCCCUUCCUAUCAGGCCUCAGUGCUCCGUCAGCCAACAAUCCAUUCCAAGCUGAGCAGCCCAAACUAACUCUGAAUCAAAUAGGCUUUGGCUCCCUCUCUUCAGCUCCCCAGGGCACCUCUCUUCCAUACAGUGCCUCCUUGCCCCUGCCUAUGAGCCACCAGCCUGCCAACCUCCCCGUGUCACUUACUCACCCCCCCCAGCCUGGUCUGGGCCUGCCAGGGACCCUCCCUGAGCCCCUGUUGCCCUUCUCUUCAGCCAGCACUGACGGAUCACAGGCCGCACAGAACCCUUUCUUAUGAGGAUCGACUAAACUGGAGAAAAUAUCCAAGAAAAAAGGGGGAAUGCCUUUAGGUUAUGCUCUCCAAAUAUAACUCUAACUGCAGAUUGAACUUCAGCCCCAAGGACUUGUAUGAACACCCUAUUCUUAGUUUUUAUAUUGUAUUAUAAUACGGUCACCCUUAGAUUGAUGCAAGCUGGUUCUGCUCCUUACUGCAAUAAUCUGUCCUGCUCCUCUUGUCGAUGAUGCAGUAACAGAGUAUAAAAAAAAAUAACACCUUUGUAUCAGAAACCAUUAGUGUCAUGUAAACAUUCUUAUGGCCAUAACCUAUUGCAAUCUGAAAUCAGAAGAAGAAAAAAAAAAAACAUACACAAAAGCACAGUUUGAUAAUAUUUUGUUGUCGCUUCACUUAGCCACAAUUACCAGGCAAAUGUAUUAGGGCUUUUCACUUCGUCAACAAGUCUCUUGCUCACUCAGCUGUUUUGUGUGAUUGGCUUCGCUGGCUACUGCUGCUGGUACAUACAAGUGUAAAAAAAAAUAGAUUUCUUAAAAGAGACCCGAGCUAUAGACCUGUCCGGUUCUUGAAAUGUUGCCGAAUCAAUACGGUUACUGAUGAGAAUUAUCAGUGUGUAGUACUUGAUUUUACUAUUGUGAAAUGAAUUCCUGGGGUUUAACUGAUUGAAAUGUAGUUUGGGAGGACUGGAAGUGCUUCAGAAUUCACUAUAAGCAAGGCAACAUUAGAAAAUGUAUAAAUCAUGAGUUUUAUUGAUUGCUUGUGAACCACUGAUUCAUCAAAUAUAAGGGUACAAUUGGAA